CGUCGUCGCAAAGCGAACGACGUCCUCAACCAUGGCGAUAUAUCGUCACUUGUUUUUACUUGUCUCACUGAUAUGUUCUGUGUUCACUUAUGUUGUCGCCGACCACUCCUUUGAAAAUACCGCCAUUGUGCGGACUGUUGAGCUUGCUGGCUCGCUCGUGCAUGUCAAGACCACGUUUGCCGCAAAGGCGCUUGAGACUGGGGCGAUGAUUUAUGCGUUUGCUCUUGGUCGCGAAGAUGGAGAGAGGACAAGUUUCAUGGAAGCGCGUUUGAAGGGUGAACAGGAGCCGCUUGAGCUUCAGCGCUUUGGACUUAACGCGAAGUCAAACACGUACUUAUAUGCUGCUGUAUUGCCGAACGGUUUGAAGAAGGACGAAGCUAUUACGGUUGAGCUUGAGACUGUUCAAACUCACGCGACGUAUCCUUGGCCUCCUGAAGUUGGUCAAAACGCCGAGAUGUCCCUCAAGUAUGAGACAGAUCUCUUUAUCCUGAGCCCUUACGCGACUUCCGUUCAGCGUACGAAAAUCAGAGCAUCAAGCCCAAGGAUUAAUUCGUAUACUGAACCGAAAGGAUUAGACGCAUUCACGUUCGAAGCUCCAGUGACCAAAUCAGGCGCGACAAUUACCUACGGUCCAUACAACAACAUUCCAGCGUCAGCGAACGCCGAUUUCAUUGGUAGCACACAGCAGCGCAUUACGGUUCACUACAAGCAUAAUGAGCCUGCCCUUGAGAUUACUAAAAUGAAGCGGGCGGCAGAGGUUAGCCAUUGGGGUGCGAACAUAAAUAUUCAGGAUGAUAUUUGGCUGCAUAAUGCUGGACCAAAGCUCAAGGGCCAUUUCUCGCGCCUGGAUCACCAGCGUCAGGCUUAUACGAACCAGCCGGCCGGACACAUCAUGCGCGCAGUCAACUUAUAUCUUCCUUCUGGUGUACACGAUGUCUAUUUCAUCGACACCGUUGGCAACGUCUCGACAUCUCGUCUUCGCGAGGCACCAUCCGUCCCGAAGGGUGCCCGCUCAAAACAGUCAAGCUGGCUUGAGCUUCGCCCGCGUUACCCACUCAUGGGUGGCUGGAAUUACAGCUUCACUCUCGGAUUUGACGCGCCUUUACAGGACUGGGAGGCGUACGACAGCCGUGAUGGACGUCAUUUAGUUGCUGUACCUAUGCAGACGCUGUUCCCGGAUACUGUUGUUGACGAGGCGGAGAUAAAGGUGAUCUUGCCGGAAGGCGCAAUAGACAUUGAGGUGUAUCCACCUUUCCCUCCAUUAUCUGUCAAGAAGUCAAUGCACAAGUCAUAUCUAGACUCAAAAGGCCGACCAACUGUCUCGUUCUUCUACAAGAACCUGACAGAUAGACACGUUGGCUUCAUCUACGUCGGGUACAAAGUCCCUUUCACCGAGCAUCUCAGAAAACCGGUGACCAUCGCAGUUGUCUUCUUCGGGCUGUUCAUUGUUUCCUCCGCUGUGCGACGGGUAGACAUGAAUAUUCGUCGAAAUGGCGGAAAGCAGUAAAAAUUGACUUCUCCCUGUCAAUGAUUAUUUAUGCUCAAUAGGAAUUA